AUGAAGGACAGGGACCGAGAGCUGCACCGCGCACGUGUAGUGUCGAGCGUGGCCGCUACUAUCAUCUCUCUAGCUUGUGGUACCAACUAUGUGUACUCGGCUUGGGCUCCGCAGUUCGCUGACAAGCUGCACCUCACCACCACUGAGUCCAACCUUAUCGGCCUCGCAGGGAAUCUCGGCAUGUACUCCAUGGGCGUUCCCAUCGGCCUGUUUGUCGACCAUCGUGGCCCCCGCCCCGCCGUCAUUGCUGGCUCGUUGUUGCUUGCGUUCGGUUACUUUCCCAUUAGCGCCGCCUUCGAAACCGGGUCUGGAUCUGUGCCCGUCCUCUGUGUAUUCUCUUUCCUCACUGGCCUGGGCGGCUGUAUGGCUUUCAAUGCUGCCGUCAAGACGUCUGCCCUCAACUGGCCCCAUCAUCGAGGAACUGCUACCGCCUUCCCUCUGGCUGCCUUCGGUCUUAGCGCGUUCUUCUUCUCGCUCCUCGGCGGCCUGCUCUUCCCGGGCAACACGAGCGCGUUUCUCUCCCUCCUGGCCAUCGGCACCUUCUUCAUGACCUUUGCGGGCUACUUCUUCCUCAAGGUUUACCCGCACACCUCCUAUCAUUCCCUUUCAGCUGGCGAUCCCACCUCGACAGGUUCGCAGCGGCUCCAUCGCACCCCGUCAUCCGACAGAGCCAAGGCAGCACGCCAUCCCGGCCACAGCCAUUAUCGAUCUCUUGGCUCAGAACCUGGUAGGUCGCCCACCAGCUAUACGACACCCUUGGCCGAUGAAUCGGCCGGGGCAGUGGAGGGUGCCCAACCACUGCAGGAGUCAGUGUGUGCCGGAUCAUCCAAAGACACAGGCCCCGUCCCACGUACCCUCGACGAGACUGAUGUGGAAGUUGUCCUUCCGAUCCAAUCCUCGGACACUGCGUUCCAUGAGGUGGAUGAAACCUCGUCUCUGAUGUCCAAAUCGUCAUCCCCAUCGUCCUCGUUGGCCGGUGAUGUGUUGGUACAGAACAGUGUUGAUUUGGAUCGCUCUCAUCGUAUAGAUAUCCGUGGCUUGCGCCUGCUGCGUAACCUUGAUUUCUGGCAACUAUUCGCUAUUCUUGGAGUUCUUGCUGGUAUUGGCCUGAUGACCAUCAAUAACAUAGGGCACGAUGUCAAUGCACUUUGGAAGAAGUUUGACGCCAAGGUCACUGAAGGCUUUCUUGUCAAGCGACAACAAAUGCACGUCUCCAUACUUUCUGUCGGAAGUUUCAUCGGACGUCUUCUAAGCGGCAUCGGUUCUGAUUACCUAGUGAAGUCCUUACAAGCCAGUCGCGCUUGGUGCCUUGUCAUUGCUGGCGGGCUCUUUUGUAUCGCUCAGCUCUGCGCCGUAAACAUCGAGAAUCCUCACUUCUUGGGCUUUGUGUCUGGCCUGUCUGGCCUUGGCUAUGGGUUCCUCUUUGGCGUCUUCCCCUCCAUCGUCGCCGAGGCGUUCGGCAUCCAUGGAUUGAGCCAGAAUUGGGGCUUCAUGACGCUGAGCCCCGUAAUCUCAGGCAACAUCUUUAACCUGUUCUACGGUGUUGUCUUUGAUAGUCAUAGCAUUGUCGGGCCAGAUGGCGAUCGGACCUGUCCUGACGGCCUGGACUGCUACAAAAAUGCGUACUACGUUACGCUAGUGGCAUCCUGGUUUGGGAUUGCGGUCACACUGAUGACUAUUCGGAACCAAUAUCGACAACGAUUGAAUGAGGAAGGGAAAGUGGCAGCUGAGGAUUAG